AGAAGACGUGCGUCGCUGCUUACACUCUCGUAACGUAACCGUUAGCCGAGCCACGCCGCGCCGGGAUUUACCUCUUGCCGAGACCGAUUCUUCACGACCUGCUCCGCAUACCACGAACAUGAUACUCAUGAUUCUGUUGAGUGCGAUUUUCGGACGAAUCGGCGCGACUCCGAUCGCGAACGUUUGGCUCGGCCCGAUAGCAUCUCUGACGCCGUUGAGGCAAUACCACGUACAGGACGGAUCCGGCGGAUAUCGUUACUCAUUCACGGGACCCCAUCACGCGAAAUCGGAAUCCAGUUCGAACGGCAUCACGCAGGGCGGUUAUUCGUAUAUCGACUCGAAUGGCAUUUUGCAAACAGUGACUUACACGGCGGACGAUGAAAAUGGAUUCAGAGUGAGCGCCAGUAAUUUACCACAGCCGCCGAAAAACGAUGUUCGGGCGAUUCAGGACAAACCGCGAGAGAAGAAAAAGUCUGGCUCGGAGGAGCUACGAGAGUCGCAGCCGACAGAUCGAUCGAAUUAUCGGUCAAACAUCCUGUCUUACGAGAUCCUGCCGCCUUACUUUAGCUUCGGCAACCAAGACACGAGGAAUUUAGCUGUUCGUGAAAUCGCACAAAGCCGGAACAAUGCAUUCUUGCUGUCGAAAUCGGAAGCUGAAAGGAUCGAGGUGCCGAAGCCAGACCCGAGUCUCUCGAAGAUAUUACCUUCGACGACCGUUUCCUCAUCGCCGUCGUCGUCCAUUCGAACCGAUAGACGACGCAAGAACGAAGGACGAUCGUCCGUGGACACCGUCCAGACGCCUGUAACUGUCCCAACGCCCUAUGUACUUCCGGUUUUACCGUACAGAUUAUUGCACAGCGCCCUCCAUCACACUCAGGAUUCUUUGGGCCAAUACGAUUACAGUUAUACCGGAGACUCGAGCGCGAAAACAGAAUCUAGAUCUUUGGACGGGACGACCAGGGGUGCUUAUAGCUAUAUCGAUCCAAACGGGCUUCUGCAACAGGUUCAUUACGUGGCAGAUCAUAAUGGGUUUAGGGUCAUGGCCACCAAUCUGCCGCAAGCAAAGUAACCAACCGAUCCAGUCGAUCGGUGGUUGUUUCUUUUUUUUUUUUUUUAUCGAGCAAC